CAUGAAAUAUAUAGUGAAUGAAUCUAAACAUGUUACAUAUUUUAUUCACUCUUUUAAUCCUUUACAUGAUCAAAAUUGGUAGUGCUUCUAUGUACACAAUUACAUCUUCUAAAUUGAUCAAAGAUUCUGAAACUAUAAGCUCAAAUGAUGAUGCAUUCAAGCUUGGAUUCUUCAGCCCAAUGAACACAACAAAUCGCUACGUAGGAAUCUGGUAUCUCAAUCAAUCCAACAUAAUAUGGGUAGCCAAUAGAGAAAAACCACUACAAGAUUCUUCUGGGGUUAUCACCAUGUCUGAUGACAACACAAACCUUGUAGUACUGAAUGGACAAAAACAUGUUAUAUGGUCCUCAAAUGUCUCCAAUUUUGCAUCAAAUUUUAAUGUCACAGCUUAUAUUCAAAAUACUGGAAACCUCGUCUUGCAGGAAGACACUACAGGCAAGAUAAUAUGGGAGAGUUUCAAACAUCCAUCUGAUGCAGUCCUCCUAAAUAUGACAAUUAGCACCAACCAAAAAACAGGGGAAAAAGUAAAACUCACUUCUUGGAAAACUCCUUCAGAUCCAGCUUAUGGAAACUUCUCUUUUAGCCUCGAGCGUCUCAACGCUCCUGAAGUGUUUGUAUGGAACCAAACAAAACCUUACUGGCGCUCAGGUCCAUGGAAUGGUCAAGUGUUUAUUGGUUUACCAAGCCGUUCAUUGUAUACUUCUGGAUAUCUAAAUGGAUUCAGCAUUGCAAGGAAAGAUAAUGGAAAUGUUGUUGAGCUUAUGUUUACACUACUAAAUAGUUCUGAUUUUGGAACCCUUGUGGUGAGUUCUGAAGGCAAGCUGGUUUACACUUCAUGGAUCAAUAGGUAUCAAGUUGGGACGAAUGUUCCUCAACAAAAUGAAUGUGACAUUUAUGGUUAUUGUGGUCCUAAUGGAAGUUGCGAUUUGAAAAAUUUGCCAAUAUGCACAUGUUUAGAAGGUUUUGAGCCAAAAAAUGUAGACGAAUGGAAUAAACAGAAUUGGAGUAGUGGGUGUGUGAGAAGGGCAUCCCUACAAUGUGAGAGGGUGAAAUAUAAUGGGAGUGCGUUAGGUGGCAAAGGAGAUGAUUUUGUGAAACUCGAGACGACAAAAGUACCAGAUUUUGUGCAACAGUCAUAUCUUUCUGUUAAUGCAUGUAGAGCUGAGUGCUUGAAUAAUUGUAAUUGCACGGCUUACGCAUUUGAUGAUGGAAUUCAGUGCUUGACUUGGAGUGGUAAUUUAAUUGACAUAGUCAGGUUUUCAAGUGCAGGCACCGAUCUUUACAUACGCCAAGCUUAUUCAGAACUUUCUAUAGAUACAAAAGGGAAGAGAAAUGUUAGAAAAAUCAUCAUAUCAACAGUGGUAGUGGGAGCAAUUAUUUUUGCUACUUGUACCUAUUUCUUAUGGUCAUGGGCUUCAAAACAUUCAGGGAGAAGGAAAGAACCAAAUUCGUUGAUAUUGAACACAAGACAAAGCUAUCCAGAAAACCAAAAUGCAAGUACGAUUAAAAAUGUGAAACAAAUCAAAAUAGAGGACCUUACAUUAUUUGAGUUCCAGAAAAUUUCAGCUGCAACAAAUAAUUUUGGUUCAGCUAAUAAGAUUGGUCAGGGUGGUUUUGGUUCAGUGUACAAGGGAAAAUUGCCCGGUGGACGAGAAAUAGCAGUGAAAAGACUUGCUAGAACUUCAAGCCAAGGGAUAGAAGAAUUUAUGAAUGAAGUGAUUGUAAUUUCAGAGCUUCAACAUCGUAAUCUUCUAAGACUUUUAGGCUGCUGCAUCGAAGAGGAAGAAAAAAUGCUGGUCUAUGAGUAUAUGCCUAAUAACAGUUUAGAUUUUUAUCUAUUUGAUCCAAUAAAAAAGAAGAUUUUAGAUUGGCAAAAACGCUUAUACAUAAUUGAAGGAAUCUCUCGCGGACUGCUUUAUCUUCAUAGAGAUUCGAGAUUAAGAAUAAUCCAUAGAGACCUAAAACCGAGUAAUAUUUUGUUGGAUGGAGAACUGAAUCCAAAAAUAUCCGACUUUGGCAUGGCUAGAAUCUUCGGAGGUAGCGAAAACGAGGGAAAUACAAGAAGGAUUGUGGGAACAUAUGGAUACAUGUCUCCGGAAUAUGCAAUGGAAGGAUUGUUUUCAGAGAAAUCAGAUGUAUUUAGUUUUGGGGUUUUGCUCUUGGAGAUAAUAAGUGGUAGGAAAAAUACAAGUUUCUAUAAUCAUCAAGCACUCACUCUCUUAGGAUAUACAUGGAAACUAUGGAAUGAAGAUGAGGUUGUAGCUUUGAUAGAUCAAGAAAUAUGUAAUGCUGAUUAUGUGGGUAACAUUUUGAGAUGCAUACACAUUGGACUUCUUUGUGUGCAAGAAAUUGCAAAGGAGAGACCUACUAUGGCCACAGUUGUUUCAAUGCUUAAUAGUGAGAUUGUUAAACUUCCUCAUCCAUCUCAACCUGCAUUCCUUCUAAGUCAGACUGAGCAUAGAGCAGACUCAGGUCAACAAAAUAACGACUCGAAUAACAGUGUCACUGUCACAAGCUUGCAAGGCAGAUAGAAUACAUAUGAUGGAAUGAAACAGAACCACCCUUAAGACCGUAAACUAGUAUACAUUUGUAUAGUAAAUAUAUUAAAUCGAACUACUCUUUUAUAUAUAACUUCAACUCAAUAUAUAAUAUCUCAUUUACAAACAGAUCUAGUUUAUAUAAGAAUUUGGAUUGACUCUAACUAGAUUUCACAAAACCAACCUUGUAAGACGAGGGACGUCGUUUACUUAUAAACGCUUUCCCCCCUAUUAUAUGUGAAACUGUCAACAAAUGUUAAUGCAUUUGACUUGAUCAUGA